AUGAGAACCAGAAGGGCGAAUCGUACAAAACAAUAUACUCUCGACAAGUACGAUUUCCUGAGUUCUGGAGACGAAGACCAGUCUCGAAAGCGUCGCAAAACUGCUGAUGACAAUGACGACAACUUCGACGCAGCCGCUGAGGAGCGGAGCGCUGGAGAGGAAGAAGAUGAGGACGAGGAGGAUGUGCAGAUGAACGACAGCGCAAGCGACACAAAUGUAGCGGAGAAGCCUUCUCGCCAGCGCUCCAGGCAGACGAAGCAGCCAAAGCAGACGAAGCCUGCGAAGCCAUCUGAUGUGGGUGAUAUGGUGGUGACGGGGUAUCUGGAUAUUGAACUCAUCCCCCCGGAGGGCCAGCACAAGGGCUAUGUCGGGCCUUAUGAACGAGGCAUGCGCGGCAAAGCUCUUGUGAGGACCUUGUAUGGCCCCAAUGCUGAGCGCAUAGCCAUGGCUCACGAGCUGCUGGAGAGGUGGAGCGGGUGGACGAUAUUUCCCCCAAAGGUGCCGCAAGACGAGGACGAACCGACGGACAAGGGCUUUUGGUCUCCUGGCGGUUUCGAAAAAGAAGCUCGGCUUGCCAAACAGUGGCAUGCGCAAUUGAGCAGGGCGCUGCCAUCCGACGAUGCCUGGUCAGAAAUUUCUUUCCCAGAGUCUGAAAUGUAUCGAUUUCCGCAGCUAAGUAUGCCUGUCUUGACGGGCCCGCACGAGAAGCAGCAGGAGGUGUCAAUGGAGCCCGGACACUGCUAUUCUAUGUCACAGAGUAAUCUACCGUUUGACCAAGACAAGGAUGAAGACAAGGUGCAGAGCGGAUGGAUGCUGGACGUGGGCGGCAUCGUGUUGGGCAUGGACUGGGCGCCUCGGCGAGACAAGAACCCCAAACAGCUGCUUGCUCUGUCAAUCAUACCCCAAUUCGAUCAGGAAAUGUAUAAUUACGAGGAAGAAUCAGUGAAACCGGAUUUCCAGAAGCAAGGAAUCAUUCAGAUUUGGGAAUUUCGAAGCACCAAAACAGACGAGCAGUUCAUUCGGCCGUCAAGUGAGCCUGCAACCCUGCGCAAAACCCUUUGCGUGGACUACGGAAGGAUCAGAAGAGUUAGAUGGAGCCCAUCCUGCAAUCACAUUGCACUUCUUUGUGGUGAUGGCAACGUAUACGUCGCUGACGCUGGGGAUCUCGACGAUAAACUGCAGAGACCGCUUGCAGUACUCAGCUUGCUCGAUGAGUACGGCAUCAAAGCGACAGCAGUAGCAUGGAUCAACUGCAAUCGAAUGGCUGUUGGCUAUUCAGAUGGAUCCAUUGCUCUUUGGUCCCUCUAUCCGCAGCGUCUCUUGUCUCGACACCCCGUUCAUCACAACGACAUCAUCGAUAUGGUAUCGGGAUAUCCGACUAUGCCAACCAUUAUUGCUUCAAUCCCCGUAGGUGGCACCGCCCGAGUUAUUGAUCUUCAAGCUCCGAGCUACGAAACUACCGAAGCCCAGAGACCUUUGGUGCAUACACAGCCGGGUCUCUUGACGUACAGUGACCAUCUUCUUGGUUUCUUAUCCAUAUAUCCUUCUGCUAGUGCGCUGAAUACGAUUAUUGGGUUUUUACACCAUGCACAUUUCCCCGUUUGCAGGAGAGUAUUCACUGGGGAUAGUUUUCUCACGUCCUUGGCUGUCGGGCGGCUUCACCCUUUUCUGCUCAUUGGCGCAACUGAUGGCUCGCUGUGGUGUCUCAACUCCCAGACUGAGGUGUUUAGCAACCGGCACGAAUCGACAGACAAGAUACGGGUCUUGCAACAUGAGCAUCGGCCAGGGCGUCUGUUCCCUCCCGAUUCUCCUGUGGCUGCUCGAGGUGUCUGUCGCAUCUUGCACGGUUUUGCAGUAGACCGGAAUCGAAACUCGAAGCCCGAGGCCAAGCCUGCUGCAAAGAAGGGCAAGAAGCUGCGAGCCAAGGAACCGGCCGAGGCUGCGGAGGGAGGGCGAGAAGGGGAAGGGGAAGAGGACGAUGAUGAAGCUGGCGAUUUGACAGACCCAUCCCGAGCUACUCUGCAUGAGGCGCUGACGAGAAUUACCACCAUUGAGUGGAAUCCAAAUCAGGACUAUGGGUGCUGGGCAGCGGUAGCCAUGGGGUCGGGUCUUGUAAGAGUAAUUGAUUUAGGACUG